AUGACAGCCAGCACCAUGCAGCAGCAACUGCUGCUGCACCUGCUGCUGCCGCCGUUGCUCUCUCUCGUGUUCUUCCUGCUGGCGGGUUUGCUGUUGCCUCCCAUCCUCUCCUUCUUGCUGCCUCGUUUACUCAGGCGGGUACUUAUUAAGAGAGUUCACAGGAGCAGCGGCAGCAACGCACACAGCAGCAAGGGUGACGACAGCAGCAGCGGCAACAACAACACUAAAGUAGCAGAUGAACAGGGGCUACCCGCGGCUGUUCAAUCCCAAGAAGUACAGCAUAGUUUGGGAGUGCUGCCUCCAGCAGCAGAGGCUGGCGCAGCGCCUUCUGUUGCUGCGCGGAUCUGCAGCAGCACCACCAACAGCACCAGCAGCACGAGGUGUCUGUACUUGACGUGCAAUUCCUUGCAUCACAGCGGCUUUUUGAGUUUAAAAGAUGCAGUCAUUCUACUCGAGGAGGAGGUGACCCAACACUGCGCCUCCUGCAGCAGCAGCAACAGCAAAAGCCGCAUCAAGAUUGGAAAGUGCAAGAGCUGCAUCACCCACAAAAGAAGCGAGACCCGCGUUGCAGUCUCCAGCCUGCGUCUGUCCCUCAGUCAUAAGGAAAAAGAAGAAACACCACUCCCCUGCAGUAGCAGCAGCAGCAGUAGUGCAGAGACUGCCGAGGGCAACGGGGCCGCACGAGCAGAAUUAGCAAACCCUGAAGCAGCAGCAGACCAGAGAAGCAGCAGCAGCAAUAAAUCUGACAACGGCAGCAGGGAUAGAAGCAGGCGCACCCUCGACGAAAGGCGCAGCAGCAGCGGCAGGAGCGGCAGCACCAGACUCCUACGGGAGUUUUUGGCCCCUGUCUCCUUCCUCUUCGGGUGUUUGUUGCUGAUAAGGCAGGCGCUGCAGCAGAGCCGCCGCAGCAGCAAAAGGCCCCUCAGCAGCCGCGUUCUGCUCACUGCUGGUCGAAUAUCGGUAACGUGCCGUUUUCAGAGCAGCAACAACAACAGCAGCAAAAGCAGCAUCAACAACAGCAAAGAAAACACGCCAGAGCCGGCCGGAAAGCUGGAGGCGCAGUGUCCCCAGUUGCCAGCCACAGCAGCGGCAGCAGCGGCAGCAGCACCAGCAACGCGAAGUCCCAGCUUGCUGCAGUUCGUGCUGCGGCUGUGCUUACUGCAUGCGGUGGCGAGGACCUGCGCUUUUAGGGCCGGCUGUGUUGAGCUGCUGGGGUUGGUAGUGCUGCCGCCACCGACACAGCAGCAGCAGCAGCAGCAGCACCUGCGGGAGGAAGAGGAACAGCAGCAAAAGCAACACUCACGGGUGCAACAGCAAGGCAGGGAGCGGCAGAGUGACUUCCGAAGCGCAGGGGUGCUGGUGACGGUCAACGAGCUGCUGCUGCUGCCAUCCGCAGCAUUUGCGUCGCUGCGGUUGCAUGCAGCAGCAACAAAAGGUAUUUGCUGCCGCUGCUUUGUUGAUGCUGCAGGCUGUCUGUCCGUGCUGCCGUCUGACCUUCUAACAGCUGCUGUUGCUGCUGCUCGCAGCUCGGCACAACUCGCUGCAGCAGCAGCAAACCCUCGCGACAACCGUUCCGCAGUUGUCGCUGCAUCAGCAACAGCUGCAUCAGCACCAGCUGCAGGGCUGCAGAGACUGCAGCUUCAAAGGCCCCCGCUUCUUUACGACCUGCAAGAGGAGGCAGCAAGCAGCAGCAGCAGCACCAACAGCUACAGCCUGCCGAUUCCUGGGCAGGCAUCAGUGAGUUGUCUUGAGUGCCCUGGGGCUUCCCAGAGCAGCAACAACAACAGCAACCACAACAACAGCAGCAGCAGCAGCUGCUGCCCACCAGAGAGGAGAUGGUGGUGGCGCGGAGCUGUGGAAGCAGACAGGCAAGACGCGACUGUGUCUGCAGCAACGUAUUUAUCGCAUUUGAUGUCUUUGUACUGUCUCAACAGCGUGAGUGCUUCGGACCUCCGAGCAGCAACUGCUGCUCCAGCUGCUCCAGCAGCAGCAGCAACAACAACAGGACCACCACCAACAGCAGCAGCGAAGAGGUGGUUCUCACCUGUACAGGCUGCCUGCCGGGCGCGGGGCGCCCUUUUGCUGCCUGAACAGCUGCCGCCUGCUGCGCUGCUGCUGCCGCCUGUGCUGCACACCGAAGAAGCAGCAGCAGCUACUGUGCUGUUCGACUCAGGCCUGAGCAGCAGCAAUAGUAGCGGCAGCAGCACUUGUACUGCGCGCGCGGUGUAUAUACACACAAGUGGAACUGUUGCUGUCAACCUGUUAGUCAACCUUCUUGCCAGGGUUGUUGAGGCCUAUUGGAGGUGUAGGAGUGGCAUCAGCAGCAGCAGCAGUAGCUGCAGCAGCAGCAAUCAGGGAGGCACCGCAGUGGACGGCCGGGAGAAUGGGGACACUCGAGUAGCCAGGAAUACGGCAGCUGCACGCAGCAACAACAACAGCAGCAGCAGCACCGACAACAACAUGCAGCAGCACACGCUGCCUGUCAUGGUGUCGGUGCCUCGUUUGCUGCUCCAUGUCCUCGAGCGCAGCAGCAGCAGCGCUUUACUGCUGCACGGGGACGGAGUGCUGCUGCAGCUGGAGACAAUCGUACGCCGGGAGCAGCAGAAGCUCAAGACAGCCGACUGCGGCUUUCACCAGCAAAUGCAGCAGCUGCAGCAACUGCAGCAGCGCCUCGCGGAAGAGCAGCAGCGGGAUUGCAUGCCACCACUGUCUUGCUUGGCUGUUGCUGCAGCCAUGAAUAGCGAGAACGGACCUGGCAGCACCACGAGCAGCAACAGCAGCAACAGUAGCAACAUCAGCAGCAAAAUACUUCGAUUUGCGGUUUCUACGGGAAUAUGUAGGUUCUCCACUGCUCACGUCUCAUCCUGCGGCAGCGCCGCUGCUGCUGCUUCUGCUGCUGCAGCUGCGGCUGCAGGUGCUGUACCACCGGAAGCAUCAGCUGAUGCAGCGGAAGCAGCAAUGCGCCGGACAGCAGCAGCAGCAGAAGCAGCAGAAGCUCUGCACUCCAUUCAUUCUCGUGGCUCACCAGCCAUUGCACCCGACAUAACGGCAAACGCGCCUCUCCAGGCUGCUGACGGAGCAGCUGCAGGGUCGAAUGCAGCAGCAGGCUCACCAACGGCAGCAAGAAUGGCAGCAAAUAGAACACACACUGAAGCAGCAGCAACAGUGUCCACGGAUGCAGCAGUUGCAGCUGUCUCUUUCUUCGUUGGUAUUGGCGAGCUGCUGCGCCUGAAGAAUGCUUACAGCAGCAGCAGGAGCGGCAGCAGCGGCAGCAGCAGCAGCAGCAGCUUGGGGGGCCCUUGGGUUCCGAGCCCGUGGACAUUGACUGGGUGGUGUGGGGCGUUGCUGGUGAGCUGCAGCAGCAGGAGUGUGGAGAUAAGGCCUUUAAGCGAAGCAACAAGAAUUGGUGUGUAUGGACAGGUGCAGCAGCGACCGGUCUAUCAGCAGCACGUGAGAGUCGUCCUACCGGGAGGAUGGCUACACUGGCGCGAAGAAGGACUGCUGUUUUGGGUGCUGCUGCUGCUGCACCUCCGCGGCGUGUACAGACACUGGAAAGAUCGCUGUACGACGCAGCAGCUUGUUCCUGCUGCUCCGGCUGCGGACACCGGAAAUAGCAGCAGCAGCAGAGGCGGAGACAACCUUGACGGAGAGACCGCAGGAACUGCCAAACCGGCAGUCGAUUCCACUGCAGAGCGCGGAACAGCAGAAGCAGAGACGAGCGCACCCGCAGGAAGAUGCGGAGUGGAAGAAGGGUGGGGAUUAGGCGGAACAGCAGCAGCAGCGGCAGCAGCAGCAGCAGCAGCAACAGCAGACGCAGCAGAGCUGCCUUUUCUUGCAGCAAGCUGUUCCUUUUUUUCAGGGUUUGAUUGGCGGCCAAGCCUCCGCGCCUUUGGAGCAGCGGUUAAAGACCUUAACGGCUUUGAAGGCCUCGCCCCAGAUAGCUUCCACUUCCUUGCUCGUCGAUUUGCUGUUUACUCCCCUGCUGCUGCGCUGCAGCUUCAGCAGCAAGACCACCAGCAGCAGGCCGCGCCGCAGCAGGAACAGAAGCAGCAGGAAAACAAGCACCCACAACGGCAGCAGCAGCAGCAAGCUCUCCUGCGGCUACUCGUCCCUACAAUGCAUAUUCACAGCUCUUCCCUCGCUGGUGGUGCUGUUAUUGCUGCUAUGCCAGUCCACGUGCAGUCCAUGUACGUCCGCAGCAGCAGCAGCAACAGCAACAGCAACAGCAACGGCAAUGGCAUGGAGGAGCUGCACCCCUGCUCUGCGCUGACGUGUUUUCGUUCUCUGCACCUUCAAGUGCAUCCGCCAAAACAGCAGGAGCCGGUGCUGCAGGAGGAGGAGGAGGAGGAGCAGCAGGAGGAAGAAGGGGAGGAGCAGCACCAGGAGUGCGAACUGCAUGCAUGCGGAGACACCGAGGAGACGCAGUUCUCGGACUUAAGUAUUUGGGUUCCUCAGAGUGGGAGGUCUGUUAAGGUGUCCAUACAGCGCGCCAGCAGCUUUCCGCUGCAGCAGCAGCUUCUGCUGCCGCUCUUUGCUCUUGUGGAGGCGGUGCAACACGACUUGCUGCAGCCUUCUCUCACAGCCCUCAAGCUGGACGACCGUCUAAGGGGGGGUCCCGAGCCCGUGCUGCAGAUUCAAGUGGGGGGCAUUUCUGUCUCUGUCGCUCGGCGGUUUGCUCUUGAAGCAAAAGGGGUUACAGUGAACAUACACCCUGUUUCGCUGCAGCAAACCCCCUCAGGACUCCGGAGCAUAGUGCAGCAGGAAACAGAGCGCAUGCAGCAGCUGCAAGCGAAACACCAGCAGCAGCUUGAAGAAGUAACCGCUGAUCCACGCAAGCAGCAGCAGCAUCUGCACCGGCAGCAGCAGCUCCUGCCACUGCGGGAUAAGCAACACCAGCACUGCGGCGGGGACAGCAGCCGCGAGGGAAAACAAGCUGAAGAGCCUUGCUUCCCUCACAUUGACAUUUUGGUGACAUCGCCCCGAGUUCUUUACCUGACCGAGGACCCCAAGCAUCAGCAGCAGGAGCAGCACAAGCAGAAGGAGCAGCAGGAAGCGUCAGCAGAAGAGGAGCAGGAGCGGCAGCAGAACAGAGAGUCCGCACCUCCUCUCUUUAGAGGAGAAGUCAUUCGAAUGUCAUUACACCGGAGGCAUUGGCAGCUCAGGAGCACGAUCCAGCAGCAGCACCAGCUAUAUAGCGACCCGCAGCAGUGGGUAUGCAUGUUUGUUGAGGGGGCGACUGUGCUGUAUGCGGAAACCCUUAGCCUUGCAUGUCUUGCUGCAGCAGCAGCUGAAGCAGCGCAUGCGGUUGGCCCCCUUAUUCGGCAGGUUGCAGCGGCAGCAGCGGCUUAUCAGCAGCAGCUGCAGCGCCACAAGACUGCUUCCCUUGCUGCUGGCCGUCUCGUCCGCUGCAGUUAUGGAACCCAGCAGAUCCUUUCCCCUGUUGCUGCGGCUGCUGCUGCCGCCGCCAGAGACGGCAUCGCAGCCGCUCAGGUGACUCCGCUGUAUGUUUGCUUCUCUCAAGUGUACAUUGCUUGUCUCAGGAGGUCGGCAGCAGCAGCAGCAGCCUUAGCAGCUGCCUCUGCCAACAAAGGUGGCACUGCAGGAGGCGGGUGGCUGCAGCCAGAUGAAUUCGCGUCUUCAUCGGGUAGGGGUAGGAACGGUGCCUUGUACCGGAGCGGGAGGGGCCGCCGCAGCCACAGCAGUAGUAGCAACGGCAGCAUCAGCAGCAGCAGCAGUAGCAGAAGCCGGAGCAGCAGCACCAGCAGCAGCAGCAGCAGCCGUAGCAAAAGCCGCAGCAGCAGCAGCGAAGUAAGCCGGGUGUGUACCCGCCUACAGCGUAGAGGCCGACCAACAUUCGGGGCUUUUGUGGAGACACGUGUCUCCACGGACUUGGAGGGCAGCAGCAAUUGGAGCCUACGCAGCAGCAAGAGCGGCAGCAGCAAAAGCAGCAGCAGAAAGAGCAGCAAAGAUAUGUCUGUUUCUGGCCUAAGACGGCAAAUGACACUUGAAACAGGCAGGUGUAUGCGCAGCCUAAGGACCCUUCGCAGCUGCAACUUCGGCGAGAUAAACAGAAGGCAACAACAGCAGCAGCAGCAGCAGCAACAGCAAGAGCAGGAACAAGAACAGCAGCAAGAGCAGCGAGAAAAGCAGCAACAGGAGCAAGAAGCAAAUGAGCCUCUGCCUCUGCAGCCUGCUCUCUGUCCGUUUGCAGACCCUGAUGUGCGUGCUGCUGUGCCUGCUGUACGUACAGCUGAAGUGGUCCAGCUGCUGCGUCAGAAGGUGCAGCAGCGGCGUGCCGCUGUAGACAUGACGUCUUGGGUUGCUGUGGGCCGCUGUGUCACUCCACUGCCCCGACAGCAGCAGCAACAGCAGCAGCUACGGCGGAGGCACAAGCAACAGCGCACUCUUCUUGGGCGCAUGUGGCAGCAGCAGCAGGAAAUUGCUGGCGACGGCAGCAGCACGUGGUGUACAUACACACCAGUAGCAGCAGUAAGAAUGGAGAGGGUGGGCAUCUGCGUUGACGACUAUCGAAGAGCAGCAGCAGCAGCAACAGCAGCAGCAGUUCUGGUGCUGCCCCCUCCUCGCACCACCUACCGCACCGUACAGUUGCGCAUGCAGUCUCUGCAGCUAAUGCUGUUUGCGGACGAACGCCAGCAGCAACUGCAACAGAAACAGCAGGAGCAAGCGCUGUUGCUGCAGGACAAGCAGUGGGUGCGGCGGCAUUUGGUGCAUCUCCGCAAGAAUAACCGAGAGUUCUUCGCGUUUGCGGGAAAGUCUGUUGCAGCAGCAGCAGCAGCUGCAGCCCAGCGGCCAGUGCUGCUGCUCUCUUCCGACCAGGUAGAUCUACACUUCGCUUCCCUUAAGCUCAUUCCAUCCGACACUUUGCAUACCCCCUUGAGCAGCAGCAGCAACAACAGCAGCCCUGGGGAUGGGGAGGCCGAAGAUAUGCGCCGCCUGCUGCUCCAGCCACACAACGUGACACUACUGUUUUCUCAAAGCGCAGCAGCAGCAGCAACUGCAGCCAGUGCAGCAGCAGCCUGGGCUCACAGAGUGUUUGGUCCAAAUGAAGCAGUGGCGUUUUCUGCUGCUGCUGCUGCUGCACGCGAGGAGCAUUCUGCUUGCGUCAAGUUUAGGGAUACCUGCAGCAGCAGCAGCAACAAAAGCCCACAGGGCAACAACAGCCCGGCAAGAAGGGCAAAACAGCAGCAGCAGAGAGAACAGCAGAAGAUACAGUUGCAACUCGAGCUCAGUUUGCUGCAAGACCUGCAGCUGCAGUUUGCGCUGGAGGGCCUUUUGCUGCUGCGACUGCUGCUUCCGGCGCUGCACUUGGGUGCAGCUGUCAGGUACCGAGCAGCAGCGGCAAUUCCAGCACCAACAGCAACUGCAGGAGUACCUGCCGAUGCCCAGCAGGAGUCGAGCCAUGGCGAAGAAUCUGUACGUAACAACGAGAUGUCAAAGGAGGCUGCGGAAGCAGCUGCAGCAGCACCAGAACCUGGAGCAGCAGGAGCAGCAGCAACACAUGCAUGCAGCAGCUGCGCAGUUCCGGAACUUCUAUCGGCCGAUUGCUUGCUGCAGCUUAGGCGCGGACUCUGUUGCCUGGUCUACGAGUUGGGAGCAGCAGAGACACCAUCUGCUGCUGAUGCUGCGGGUCAGCCGCUCCUGCAGGUAGCACAGCUCUUCACAAGGGUGAACGUCUUCUUCCAGAAGCAGCAGCAGCAGGAGCAGCAGCACCAGCAGCAGCAACACCAGGAGCAGCAGGAGCAGCCGCAGCUGAAGGUGGAUGCGCAACUGUUUGUCCGGGGCAUCGAUGGUGACCAGCAGCAACAGCAACAGCAGCAGGAGAAUCUCACAAGAGACCAGAGGCGCAGUCCCAAUUGGGGAAGACAGCAAGUGCAACAGCAGCAGCAACAGCUGUCACUGAAUGUAAGCCCGGACCACGUCAUCCUGCUGUUGCAGCUAUUUUUCGGCAGCAGCUGCGGCGGGAAGUGGCCUGACUAUUGCAGCUGGGUGGCGGCUGAGCAACAGCAACGGCAGAAAGAGGAGCAGCAGCAGCAGGAGCAGCAGCAGCAAGAUGAACAGGAGGAGCAGCAGCGGAGCAGCUGGUUGGUUGGGGUGUACAGAGAGCUACGACAGCAAGCAGACAUCCUCUUCAAGCUGCGAGCAGCAGCACGAGACCUCCAUUUCAGGUUCAAUUUUGCUCGCUGCAGUCUUGCUGCUGCCGAGCUGCACGACAUGCUGCUGCUGCGGAGACACAUAGUUGUUGGGCCUGUCAGCAGCAGCAGCUACAGGGGAGUCAUGUACGGGGCUGGCGGCUACAGAGCCGGAAAUACAGCCGCACACGCAGCAGCAGCAGCAGCAGCAGGUGCUACUGCUGCUGCUGCUUCAGCCUUUGGUGCAACGCCAGCAGCAGCCGAAGCUGCAGACAGCAUCCUGACGGACUACUCACAACAAAGCAGCGGCAAUUUCGAAGAAAAAAUGCUGCAGAAGCAGCAGGAGCAGCAGCACAGAACUGCUGGAGCUGUCGAGCUGCUGCGCAAAGGCUUCGCGAGCCUUCGCAGCAAAACUCCUUCCGAGUGGGGUGCCUUAACAGACAGCAGCAGCAGUUGCAGCGAGUCAGAGAUUGCUGCAGGUAGAAGCACCACAAAGGCGCGGUCUCCUAGGCAGCAUCAUCAGCGGAAGCUGCUGUUGCACAGCGAGCGUUGGAAGAGCGUCUCGUGGGACCACCGAACAGGCGGCCACAACCGGCAGCAGCAGCAGCAGCAGCAGCAGCAGCAGCGGCGGCUGGGCCGUCAAGUGUCCAUGCAGCUGCAGCAGCAGGGGUUGUGGUUUGAAGGGCUGCAUACUUGGUCUGGGGAAGGCAGAGGCAGCGACCUGCUGCAGGAUGAAUGGCGCAGCAGCAGCAACUUGAGCAGCAGCAAGAGCGGCAGCAACUUGUGUAGCAGCGAUGCCUUCUGCUGCUCAUCAGACUCGGGCAUGUCCGCCUCAGAGACACCAAAGCCAGAUGCACCGACUGGGGAGGAAGCAGCCGCAGCAGCAGAAGCAGCAGCAGCUGCAGCAGCAGCAGCAGAAGCAGCAGCUCGUGUCUGCACAUCUGCUGACGUCAUGGAGGACAUCAAGAUAAACCAGCUACGACAAAGCGUUAUUCUGCUGCGGCAUCUGGUGCUCAGCUUCGAGUGCGACGACUUGCCCUUUGGGAGCAGCAGCAGCAGCAGCAGCAGCAGCAGAAGCAGACAGCGAGCCUAUGCUGGCAGGCUUCUGCGCCCGCAGCAGAGACAGGCAGAGGAGCAACAACAGCAGCAACAACAGCAAUUUGCUGCUGCUGUUUCUCGCCUGCGGGGCCUCACGUUGCCUCCUUACCUCCCCACACCAUCUCCUCUUCUCCUGCCGCUGCUGCGUAUUCCAGGUGUCCGCAUAGAGCGACAGAAGCUCCCUCAACUGCAGCCGCAGCAGCAGGACCAGCAGCAAAGUGACCCAUCCCAGGCGGCAUGCAUGCUGUUGCAUUGUCCCUUCCUGCUGCUGUCUCCCACAAGCCUUGCUCUUGUUUUCAGGUGUAUAGACGCAGCAGAUGCAGCAAGGCAGCAGCUGGAACCGUACUUGGAGAUGCUGCUGCCCUCAAAAAAUAAGCAACCGCACCACCACCACCACCAGCAGCACCCGACCGCUCGCCGCCGCAAACGCCAUCAACAGCAGACCCAGCAGCGGCAGAUGUCUUGCGGGACGAUAGACCUUACACUGCGGUGUAUAUACCCCCAAGUAAGCUUACACUACAUUGAGCUGCAGCGCGGGCAGCAGCAGCAGCUGAUCCAGGAGGUCACUGCUUACCUCAACAGCAACCGCAACAGAAACACGGGCAACCGUGCUUCAGCAGGAGCAACAGGGGACACUCUUAAUGGAGAAACAGGGGACAAUUGCAUUGAAGGAAGGUGCUGCCAGGUGUCAGCAGCAAUGACAGUUAACCCGCUGCCGCUGCUGCAGGAGCAUUCGCGCCUGGUAGAGGUCAUGUGGGCAGACAACAACAGGAUAGCAUCAACAGCAGCAGCAGCACCAGCAGCGGCGGCAGCAGCAGAGGCUGAUACGGAUGGAGCGGAAAACUCGGAAAAGGUUCAGGGGUGCGGCGGGAUGCAACCGUGCGCUGCUGCUGCUGCUGCACGACUGGCUGCUUGGACAGCUGCAGCAGGAGGAGUAGAACACAAACCCCGCAACAACCGCCCGAAGCUCAGCAGCAGCAGAAGCAGCACCUGCAACAGCAAAGGAACACACUCAGCGCAUACGGAUUUAACUCGGGGAUACUCCGCACCGAAGCUGUCAUAUCAGCUGCGCGGUGUCUGCGGCUGCUGCUGCCGGGGUGCUACGGCAGCAGAGAUAGAAGGUGAGGCUUCGAAGGCAGCAGCAGUUGAUGCUGCAACAACAGAGGCGGCUCCGGCAGCAGCAGAUCCGGCUGUGCUGCCGUCGUUGCUGCUGCUGCCUCUGCCGGAUCAAGACCCCGCCCUGUGCGCCCCCAUUGAGCUGAUUCAGCAUACGUACAGCAGCACAAGCAGCAGCGACCUUCGCUCGGCACUUUCGGGUGUACAGACAGCUCAGUUUGUCUUCUCUACUCCCCUCGCUGUCGCAAAGGCUCGACUGGAGAUUGCUGCGGAGGCCGUAACGCCUGCUCCUGCAGCGGGACGGCGACAGCAGCAGCAGCAGCAGCAAGUGCAACAGCAGCAAGGACAGCAGCAGCAACUACAGCAGCAGCAACAUUUGCUGUUGGUAGACAUGGCUUGUCGUGUGGGUCCUGUAUGCGGGUCUGUCGGAGCGCUGCACGUGGCCGGGCUACUGUGGCACUUGCCACUGGCUGCUGCUGCGUCUGCGUCUGCGCCUACGGCAGCUACCAAUGCAACGCGGGAGAGCAGCAAAGGGGAGGAGCACUGCAGCAGCAGCAAAAGCCCCUCACGCUACAUCCUCCCUGAGCACCUCGCCUCUGUGUGUCUUACCAGCAGCGACAGUGAGCAGCCUGCGUCACCUCUUGCUGCAGCAGCAGCAGCCACAGCCCCCCCAUCCCCUACGGCAGCAGCAGCAGGUCGUGCGAGCCCAGUGCCGAACAGCAACAGCAACAGCAGCAAGUGUAACAGCAACCAGAUGCCGAACGACUCAGCAGCGCAGCAGCCGGGGGCGCAGCAGCAGGACCUGCAUGACAAAGGAGUAUGGGGAGAAGCAAAUGGCAGCAACAACAGUAACAGCUGCAGCUCCAGCUCUGCUACAGUGUCGCAGCUGCUGCGGCCUGUGUUGUGCAUUAAGGAAGUCUGCUGCAUGCUUGCUUUGUCUCUUCCUCAGCUGGGCUGCAACUGCAAGCUGCUAUGUGGCAAUUGUCUCUUUGCUGCUCAUGCUGAGAGUUUUGCUAUGCUGCAGCAACUGCUGCACCGUAUGCUGCUGGCUUGCAACAUCAGCAGGACAAGGCCCGCAGCAGCAGCUGCUGCUGCGGCCGCUGCUGCUCCUCAAGGAGCAGCCCACCCAGCCCCGCCCUCAGCCGCUGCAGCAGCAGCAGCAGCAGCUGCUGCUGCUGCUACGCAGCUGCCUGCUACAGACAAGCAGCAGCAGGCAGCAGACGAUCUGUCUGAAGGAAGCAGCAAGCCGGACGACAAUACAGAAGUCCCAGCAACAACAGGAGGUAAAGCACUGGGUCCAACAGCAACUGUUGCUGCUGCCCCGGCAGGGACACAAGAGAGCACUAGUGCUCCAGGAAGUGGUCAUCCUCAUGGACACCAGCAACAGCAGCAUCAGCAGCAGCAGCAGCAACAGCAACAGCAACAAAGGCGUCUGCGUCCCUCUGCUGCGCGGAAGCUGCUGCAUGCGUUCUUAGAAGAAGAAGCAGCAGACUUGGGGGCUUCGCAACUGCCAGUGGGAGGCGCUGGCACUACAAUGCCUCGGCUGCAGCAACUGCAGCAGCCGGCAGCAAGUGCAGCAGGUGCUGCACACUCGGGGCAUCAGCAGCACCAUACGCCAAACAAACAGCAACGCCGCCAAAUCUCAAUAGGCAUCCUUAUUGAAGAAAUUUGCUGUUCGUUGUUAAGCAGCACCACGAACCUCCCCUUCUGCUGCAUUUGCUGCAGCGACGCAGCCUGCAGCCUGCAGCUGCUGCUGCAGGACCAGAGGCACCUGCAGCUAGAGGUGGAUCUCGCAGACUGGCGAGUCUUAGACCUGUGCCCCAAAGCAGCAACUGGUGCUGCUGCUACUGCGGCUGCCGCUGGCACGGGCAGCGAGAUGCAGCAACAGCAAAAACCCCAGCAACAGCAGCGGCGGCUCGCUCCUUGGUCAAGCAAACUACAUAGAAAAGCGGCUGCCACUGAAGGAACUGCAGCAGCAUCCGCUCCCGCUGCGCCUGCUGCUGAACGUACAGUGGAGCCUGCUGCUGCUGCUGCUGCUGCACCGGAACCUGCUGCUGCUUCUGGAGGUUCUGGGAUGCUGCGUUCUUGUGCAUCGUUUUGUUCUGACGAUGCCAUAGGGACAGAAGCAGGAGCAUCGGCAGCAGGGAGCAGCCUGCAUGCAGCAGCAGCAAGCGACCUGCAUGUAUUAGCAGCAGCAAGGCAUUUCAACCCCUCAGGAAAAGCUCCGGGAAGAGUUCGUGCGAAGCUUCAACAGCUGCUGCCGGCGAUGAAACAGCGUGCUGCUGCUGCUGCUGCUGCUCCAGCUGCACAGCUGCAUCGCCUGGUCGCCCAUGCAGCUGCAGCAGCUGCAGCACAUAGGGCUGCUGGCAGCCGGAUGCAUGCUGCAGCAGGUGUUGAGUCCUCCGAGGGCCGUACAGAAGAUGCAGAAGCAGCAGAGGCACGUGCAGCAGAAGCAGAUACAGAAGUUGCAGCAGGUACAGCAGCAGCUCCUGAGGCAGCAAAGUGGUCCCUGUUCCGGCACCGCGCGGGCAGCAAACUCCUCAGCAGCAGCAGCAGCAGCAGCAGCGAGGAGGAGGUAUCAGGAGGACUUGGCAAUCUAGCACCCUACUCAGAUGACGAGCACACGCUCUUGUCAUCCAGCAGUAGCAGCAGUAGCGAGUCGAAAGUGCAUGAAACAGCAACGGAUGCAGCAGCGGCGGCAGCAGCAGCAACUGAGGCAGCAGAAGCAGCCGAGGCAGCAGCUGCAGCAGCUGCAGCAGCCGCAGCAGCCGAGGCAGCAGCAGCAGCAGCAGGUCCCACUCCUGAUGCAAUUGCUGAAGAGGAACCUUCUUUGCUUCUGAAGCUGCGUGAGCAAUUUGCUGCAGGGACAUCUUCCGUGGCAGCACACGAGGACCCAGCAGCAGGAGCAGCAGGAGUAGCAGAGGCAGGGGCAGCAGCUUCCCCACAGGACGCUGCUGCAGCAGAAUCUGCAGGAGGAGGAGCAGCAGCAACCGCAGCAGAUUUGUGGGGUCCCACAGGAGCUGCGGACUUUGACUCUUUUCCCAUCGGAGAUGUCGGAAGAGAGGCUGCUGCAGCAAAGCAGGAGCUGCUGCAUGGGCUGCAGCAAGAGCAGCAGCAGCGCACUCGCGACAUGGAGGAGCAGCAGGAACAGCAGGAACAGGAGGGGCAGCGUGAGCAUGAGCAUGAGCAUGAGCAGCAGCAGCAGCACCGGAAGCAACAGGAAGCGGAAGAACAGCAGCAGCAGGAACAACGACGACGGAUGCAGCUGUCGCAGCCUGCUUUCACUGUCUCUUACUUCUUGGGCAUUGUGCUGCCGCCUGGGUUGAAGGCAGUGCGCAUUAUCUCGCCUCUCUUUGAGUUGCAGACGCAGCAGCAGCAGCAGCAGCAAGACGCAGCAGCUGCAGCAGGAACGGAAGACACGCUAGGGGUAGAUGCGUGGAGGCAAAAAGAAGGACUCACGCACAGACUGUCUGCGCAUGCCGUAUCUCUUCGUUGCAGCCACAGAUUCGUUGUCCUAGACUGCGGCCGCUUCCCGGUGUUUGACUACUUGCUGCUGCACAUUGACCCUGUGCGGGUGUCUCUGACAUCUGCCUUCGUGGAGUGUAUCUAUAGCUUUUUCUUUCCUCCAGCAGCGCCGCAAGCAGUGGAUGCAGUGGCCCUUCUUGCCCCUUCCUUCAAGUGGCCUGCUGGUGCUGCUGCUGCAGCUGCUGCUACUGGCAGCCUCUGCAGCCAAAGCUCCGGAGAGCUCGCUUCACAGGCGGAGACGGCAGUUGUUGCUGCUGCCUCAGUUGAUGGUGCAGCACUCCGGACUGGGUCGCGAAGCAGCAGCUUUUUGGGGCAUCAGGCAGGUGCACAGAGAGCAGCAGCAGCAACAGCAGCAGAAGCUGCACGACGUCCGCCUGCUAGACCACAACAGCCACAGCAGCCACCGUUGCUGCCUCAGCAACAACAGCAGCAGGUGCAGCAGCAGCAGGAUCCUGGCCUUGGAGUGUACUUCCGCUUCGUCCGAGUGUCUCCCUUCGCUGCUGCUGUUACAUACAGAGGUGCAAUUCGCCUGGAUAACGUCUUGGUGGAGUUGCGGGCCUUUGAAGUGCAACACAAGCUUAAGCCAUUCAAAACACUUAUAGAUAAAUACAUAUGGUUCCUCGGCAAACAAGUAAAGAAGGAACAGGGAAGAACACCUGCUGCAGCGCAGCAGCAACCUGCUGCUGCGGGAAAUGCUAUUGCAGCAGUAUAA